AUUAUUUUCUAGGUAUUGAUAUACUGUUUAUUCUCACCUAUUUUUAUAUAUCACAAUUAGAAUCAGUCUUGUUUUUGAACACUAACUAAAAAUCACGAUUUCAAAAUGGGUAUGAAAGAAAUAAAUACAUGGGUUUUGAUUCGAAGAUACGAUAAACUUGAAUCUGAUACAGCAAAAUUGCAAACGAGUUUACAGAAGUUAACAUUAGGCCAUAAUUUAAUUCCGGAUGAAUUAAAAUCAAUGAUCUAUAGAUCGAUUGAUCUUGAGGAUGAUAGUUCACGAGUACUUAAAGUUCGACGGUUUGACAAUAAUCUAAUUCCAAUGUCAACUUUAUUGAAUGGAUCGUCAUCUGAAAAACCAUUCAUUAUAGACGUCGUUGGAGUUCAUCAAUUUUGUCCUGUCGAAAGUCGUACAAUUUUACCGAGUUACAUCGAUGCGAUCCAAUCUAAAUUUACAGAUUUAGAAAAUCGUGUUCAAUCAGCAGAAACGUCAUUACCAAAUUUAAACGAUAAGUAUGUGAAGUCAAUUGAAGACGCGGCAACUGAAUUAUCUACUUGCCUUCAUUUUCUCGAUCGCCGUCUUGAUGAACUCAUUCCGAAUUCAUGGCAAUCACAACUUAAUUCAUCAGCUUAAAAAAAAACAUGUGAAUUAAAUAUGGGGCAAAUUACUCUAAACUUUUUCCUGCUCAUUUCUUUUGAUUGUAUUUUCUAUCCCAUAAUUUCAUUUGCAGUCUUUUCUCAUCUUUUUUCAAACUUAUUUGCAAUCGCGAAGCGUGUUAGUGGGCAAGACUUCAGACAGGUGGCAGUCUGGCGUCUAUAUGGAACGAACUUCAAAGGGCAAUGCCAUGAAGACUAGAGAAGUCUAGUUUUUGUAGGCAAUGCAUUAUAAUAACUUGUGAAAAAUAAUUCAUUUGCUUACUACGGGAUUCGAACCCAAGCCUGGUCAGUUCUUGGCUUCUAGAACAAGAAUGUUGUCUGCUCGACCAUAACAGGGUGGCCACAAAGAAAUUAUUUCAAAAUUCCCUGAUAUUUCCCAGUUUUCCAGUAAAGUUUUUCACAUUUUUCCCUGAUUUAGAAAUUUUAUUCGUAUCUUUAAGAUAUUCAAAGUUUUUAUUAUAUUUUCAUUUUUAAUAAUUAAAUUUGAUAAUGAAAUCAUGCGAGAAACCAUAAAAUGGCAAUAAAAUAAAUUAAUAUUGCCUACUUUUGAUUAUUCGAUGUUAAAAAUGUAUAAGUUUAAAUAUUAAAUAAGAAAUUUUAUGAUUUAAAUAAAUUAAAAAUACACUGGUUACAAAAAUUAAGGGAUAUUAAAAAAAUUUCAAAUUUUUUAUUAAUUUUCAACAGUUUGUAACUCGAAGGAAAAUGGUCGUACAAUAAAAACAAAAAGUCAAACUGUAGCUUCAAGUGUCUAGUUUUCUGAGCUGGGUCUUUAAAUUUUUUUAUUAUGCACGGUUCCGGAGCAAUUAAAAAUCAACCAUAAUUAUCGAAAAAAAUUUAUUGAAGCUCGAAGACCGUUUUUAGGACGACCAAAAAUUUGGUAAAUUUCUUUUUCGAUAGUUUUCUUAGGAUUACUCCGGAACCGCACAUAAUAAAAAAAUUUAAAGACCAGAUCAGAAAACUAGACACUUGAAGCUACAAUUUGCCUUCUUUGUUUUUGUCUUAUGACCAUUUUCUUUCGAAUUACAACCUGUUGAAAAUCACUUUAAAAUUUGAAAUUUUUUUGACAUCCCUUAAUUUUUAUAACUAGUGUAUAAUUUAAAAUUUUUUAAAUUUUGAACUGUUACAAUUUAAUUCCCGGAUACUUUUCGGAAUUCCCUGACAUUUUCAUGAUAUUUCCCGAUUUUCCCGGUUUGUGGCCACCUUGCACAAGCUCUGGUUCACCAUAAAAAAUUUUUUUUCGGGAAUAAAUAACAAUUUGCAACUAAAAACAUGAAUUUAUUUUUAUUUAAACAAAUGGAAAAUUAUUUAUGUAUAAAAAACAAUUAUUCUCACUGUUAACAUAUUAUUUAUUUUAUAAACUAUAAAUAUAAAUAAAUUAUUAAUACAGUUUAAAAUUAUUUACAUGUAAAAACAAAUAAUAAUAAAAACUAUUGUUAUUUAAUAUGGAA